CAAAAGCCCUCCUCCCUCUGUUCCCCUGCAGCUCUGGUAUGUUUGCACAUCAUGUGUUUGUGUAGCAACUGAAAAGGAGGAGGAGGAAGAGAAACUACACAGGCAACAUGAAGCCACUGCCUCCAUUGACAUCAGAUCAUGACAUGUCACUUCCUUGUGAAGACGCACGCAUGCAAUUCAAGAAAAACGAGUUUGGAGACAUUGCUGCUAAGUCACCCUCCCUCCUGUCUUUCUGUCUACCUCUCUCUCUUUUGUGUUUAUAUAAAUCCUGACAGUAUCUCCCGAUGGUUGAAUUGACUUUUUCCUCUGCCUGUGACUUCUUCCAAGCUGAUCAUGGACUAUGCUCAGUCUUUCUCAACCCUCAACGAGAGGCUGAGACCUAAAAUAACAAAAAGUGAACAGCUCUCCUCCUCUCUGAACAGGCUGGAGGAGAAACAGCUGAACAUGUCGCACAGGAGCAAAUCCUCAUCUUACCGACCCACAGUUCUGCCAACAGAGCCCGAACUAAAAGACUCUGUGGCCACAACAGAACCAGAAGAUCCAGAGAAACCUGAAGACAACUAUGAGCAGGAAGAUUUGGUCUCCGAUGAAGAAAAUUGUACUGAUCGGUUAAACAACUCAUGUCUCAUCACUGAGUUCAGUUUAAAAGAUUUUGAAAAAGAGGAACCGGUUGAUGAUAACAGAAACACAUGCUUGCCUGAGGAGAAACAAAAUCCCGGUGAGCUGAUCUCGAAGGGGACAGGUGAUUCCUCAGAGUCAGAAGCUGUGGACGGUGAAGGUGGCAGCUCCUUCCAGAAGAACAUGAACUGGACUUUACCAGACCUGAUCAACAGUGGCAGGCCGCUAAACCGGCGUCGGACAUUGGGACACGUCUCAGACACACUUAAAGAAGUGCGCAGAGAGGUGGAGCUGUCUCGGAGACGAAGUAUCAGGCUUAAGGCGCAGGUGGACAAACUGCAGGAGAGCAGUGAGGGACCGGGAUGGAGCCAACACAGAGAGAAGGUCACAGAGGAAGUUCUGUCCAUACUGGGGCUACUGCGCCCGCUGACAAAGUUACAGUUCAGUCUACCUGAACCCUCUAAUGGUGUAAACCGCCUGGACGCUUCCCUGAGCCAGCUGCAGAAUGUGGCCCGCGAACUGGCUAUUAGUCACACCAAACAGUUUAAAUCUGGAGAAAGAGCAGAGGACAGUGCUGUUCUGCAGCAGGCGUUACGGGACAGAGAUGGGGCCAUAGAGAAGAAAAAGGCAAUGGAGGCCGAGCUGCUGCGGAGUAAAACGGAGAUGAUGUUGCUAAACAACCAGCUGCUGGAGGCUGUACAGAAACGUCUGGAGCUGGCAGUGGAGCUUGACACCUGGAAGGAGGACGUUCGGCUGAUCAUCCACCAGCAGCUGCAGAGUCAGCAGCAGGCCGAGCAGGCCCAGAAGAAGCCUUCCCGCCUGGGCAUCCUGAGGAGAACCAACAAACUGCCCAUCCAACGGCCAACCAACUUCCCUUUGUCUACACCUGCACCUCCCACAACCAACUCCAACCAAAUCUUUAUCCCCAGAGCUGUUGUUUCCGCUGCUCCCAGCACGCUUCCCUCCACUGGCACCCAACGCAACUGGAGGGACAAACUGAAGUGGCCCAAGACCGGUCGUCAAGGAGACGAGGAUGCAGCGGGGCAGGAGUCAGAGGGCAGGGGUGACAACAGCUUCCAGGUCGUAUCCCUCGAUUGAAACAGUAAUCAUUUUUGCACUGAGUACUUAAAUUAUGAUGCACAACGCUCAUGUCUAACAAUUUAAAGUCCCCCUCCAGUUAUUACUGUUUUUUCCUUAUUGUCGCUUUGUUGUUUGACCACAUGAUGUAUGUGCUUGUUUAAAAUCAGAGUUUAACAUGUGUACGUACAAGCAUGGUUUGUGACAUUACAGCUAGUAGCCAAUCGUGGUCCAGCAUGCAACUUACACAAGUGUGAUGUGGAAACACUGAGAAUGGACUUUUCAUCUAGAGUCCAGCAGUUAAAUCUCUGAAAUGAACAAUAUUUAUAUAUUGGUUUUUCCAAUGUUGAAGGAGUAAAUGUAAUUUUGAAUGAAAUGAAAUCUCUUUGUGGACCAUAUUAUACAAAUCAUUAUUCCAAGCAGAUAAUAUUUCUUGUCUUAAAAACAUGUCUGGAGGGGAUAUUUCAUGUAUUCGUGGGAAAACAUGCUUUCAGAGGUCUACGCUCUAAGUGUCCUUCUAAUUUAGUACUGUAACACUUGAAUGCCUGAAUAAUGUCAUGUUGUGAAUACGUCAAAUUACUAUGCAAAAGCACCUUCAAACCUC